AUGGGUAAUUUGACGCCUGUAUCUCAGCCAGCCAGCCCAUUGACUUGUUAUCUUCCCAACAGGCCCUCUGAGCUUCUAGAUCCAGUCUAUGUUUUCUUCCUGUUCCUCCGCAAUCCCCACCUCCUACGCCCAUUACAUUUGACGAUACAAAACAAAGUUAAUUUCUGCCCGGGUGAUGCUCCUGCCAUGGUUGCCAAGGUAACAGGCAAGCUAGAGCCGUCUUCCUUCUUCCAUCCUUGCCAAUGUUUGGAUCCCAGCAGACAGACUCUGUGCUGCAUCCUGCCUUUUGAAAGCUACUUCACUUUUCGCUGA